GGAGAGACAGAGGGCCACCUACAUGAAAGAGAGAUUCUAGGACACCAACAAGAAGGAGAGAUGGAGGUCCACCAACAAGAAGGAGAGACAGAGGGCCACCAGCAAGAAGGACAGACACAAGGACAUGAACAAGAAAGAAGGACUCUAGGACACCAACAAGGAGAAGACAUACAUAUAUACCAACGAGGAAAGACACAGGUCCACCAACAAGAAGGAGAGACUCUAGGACACCAACAAGGAGGAGAUACACAUGUCCACCAAAAAGGAGUGACAGAGGACCACCAACAAGAAAGAGGAACACAAAUCCAUCAACAAGGAGAGACACAAGUCCACCAAAAAGGAGUGACAGAGGACCACCAACAAGAAAGAGGAACACAAAUCCACCAACAAGGGGAGACACAAGUCCAUCAACAAGAAAGAGAGACUCUAGGACACCAACAAGGAGGAGAUACACAUGUCCACCAACAAGGAGAGACACAUGUCCACCAACAAGGAGGAGAUACACAUGUCCACCAGCAAGAAGGAGAGACAGAGGGCCACCAACAUGAAAGAGAGACACAAGUCAACCAACAAGAGAUAGGGACUCUAGGGCAUCAACAAGAAAGAGGAACACAAAUCCACCAGCACAGGGAGACACAACAAGAAAGAGGGACUCUAGGACACCAACAAGAAGGAGAGAUGCAGAUUAAUCAGCAAGAAGGACAGACACAAGGACACGAACAAGAAAGAGGGACUAUAGGACACCAACAAGGAGGAGACAUACAUUUCCACCAACAAGAAGGAGAGACACAGGUCCACCAACAAGAAAGAGGGACUCCAGGACUCCAACAAGGAGAGACACAAGGACACCAACCAGUCGAAGGAGAGUUCAAAGGAUUAGAACAAUCUGAGCAUCCACAAAACUGUGUAUCUCCAUCAAGUUGUUCCUCAGAUGAGGAAGAGCAGUACACACGCCCAAGAAGGUUCAUCUACCCUAACCUAUCUAAAUCAUCAAGUGAACUCCAAAAUCAUUUUGACAGUGAUGAAUCUGACCUUGAUCCAACAUAUCGACCAGAGGAGGGUAGCAACGAGGAAUACAGCAGUGAUGAUGAGGCAACUCUUGAGAUUCAUCCAAGAAAUGUUCAAGUGCGCAAGAGACCAUCUUCUGUUAUAUCUACACCAGAUGAAAAACCUACAAAGAUUUAUAAACAGUGCCUUCCAGGAUCAUUUUCAGGGCCAGAAUUGCCACAUCAGAAAACCAAUGAUAAUAUGGAAACGACACACAAACACGAGGACAAGAAAACAAGGUACAAGAAGCCAUCAAGGCCAUGCCCUUUCUGCAACAAAGCUUGUGGUGAAAAGCUCUCGAGACACAUUUGUUUGGUACAUAAGGAUAAGGAGCAGGUGAAAUCUGCCAUGCAGCUGCCAAAGCGGGAGAGAGACAAGGUGUUCUCAAAGUUCAGGAAGGAAGGCAUAUACCAAGUAAAUAGAGAACGUAUGAAAGAUGACAACCCCAUUUAUGAAAGAGAAAAGUUACCAAAAUCAGGGAAUGAUGACAACCUUAAAAUGUGCAGUAACUGCAAGGGCUUUUACAGCUCACAUUUCUUCUGGCAUCACAGGAAAGUUUGCCAAGGUGAUAUAUGCACUCCAUCUGAAGGAGUACCAGUAAACCUCAUGGAAGGGAAAGAUCCAGUGUAUCAAAAACACCCAGACUUUGUCACUGACAUACUUAGUAGAUUCCAGAAUGAUGACGUUGGGAAUACGUGUAGAACGGACAAAGUGAUAGUUAAUGUUGGACAUCGACUGUGGACUAAACACAGAUCCAAAAAAGACAAGAAACUUGAAGUAAGAAAAUCAGUUAUGGCUGAUAUGAGAAGACUUGCCACCUUAUACACUGAGUUUAAGAAGAAACACGAGGUUCAUGGGACUGCAGAUCUCACAAUGGGACAUGCUGGAGACAUGUUCAGUAGAGAGCACUUCGAAUCUUUGACAGAGGCAAUCCAGACGCUCACUUAUGAUGAAACUGAAGGCAAACUAAAGCCAGGACUGAAACUCUGCUUGUACUUUGUGCUGAAAAAAGCUAGCAAAAUCACUAAAGCUAGUUUUCUUGUAUCCAGGCUAGAUGAAGAUGCAUCUGAGAUUGACAAGUUCGUAGAGAUUCUUGACUUGAACCAGAAUUUGAUUUUUGGGGAUGCACACUACGAAAUCCAAAAGAAUCGCCAAGUGCGUUUGAGGAAGCCUGCAGAGCUCCCGCUUGAGGCUGACAUUGAAGCAUUGAAGACAUACACUCAAAAGAAAGUCACAGAAAUCAUCUCUGAUGAGUUCCUGGUUUGGGAUUCUCACACAUUUGUAGAGUUACGAGAUCUGACUUGCUCGCGAUUGACAUUGUGGAAUGCAAGGCGUGGUGGAGAACCCAGCAGGCUUACAACCGAAGAAUGGAGAGAUGCAGAAGAGGGUGUAUGGAUGCAGAAAGACAAGAUUCAUGAAGUUAAAAAUCCAGCCCAUCAGGAACUUUUAUCUCAGCUCAAGAUAUGCUACCAGACUGGGAAGGGCACUAAUCGCUUGGUUCCAGUCCUGUUCCCAAGAGACACUGUGAAACCUGUGCAACUUCUAUGUGAUCAGGAAAUCCGGCAUACAGCAGGAAUAAGACCUGAUAAUAAGUACAUAUUCGCUUGUACUCAAAUGUCUCAUGACCAUGUUGGAGGGUGGCAUGCUCUAAAGAAUGUCUCAGACAACAUCAGCCUUUCGUCCAACGUUACGGUGAAUGCCACCAAGAACAGGCACAGAGUGUCUACAAUUUACGCAUCCCUCGACUUGCCUGAUGCUGACUUGGAACUAUUUUACCGGCAUAUGGGACACUCCUCUACAAUCAAUCAAACAAUCUACCAGACCCCACUUGCCAUCCAAGAAAUCACCCGAGUAGGGAGUCAUCUCCAUCAUAUAGAUAUAGGAGGAAUGAGGGCACGCAAAGAAUCUGAAGCGUCUGAUGACGAUGGCUGCUCAAGUGCACCAGCGACCUCAAAGGAUGGCUGCUCUACAGCACGGGUGAACUCUAAACAUGACGACUCAACUCUAACGGUGACCUCUGAGGAUGGCAGCUCAACUACACCAGCGACCUCAAAGGAUGGCUGCUCUACAGCACGGGUGAACUCUGAGCAUGGCAACUCAACUCUAACAGUGACCUCUGAGGAUGGCAGCUCAACUACACCAGCGACCUCAAAGGAUGGCUGCUCUACAGCACGGGUGAACUCUGAGCAUGGCAACUCAACUCUAACAGUGACCUCUGAGGAUGGCAGCUCAACUACACCAGCGACCUCAAAGGAUGGCUGCUCUACUACAACAUUGACCUCUGGGGAUAGGUCUUCAGCCCGAAGGUACAACCGCUGGUCAAAGCAGGGAAGCAAGCAGUGCAAGCAGUAUUUCUCUGCAGCAAUCAAACAAGGGGAACCAUUACCAGGGAGGAAGGCCUGCACCACUUUCCUGCAAAGACAUCAAAUCACCAUGGAAUGGCAGGCGGUAAGAAAUAAGGUGAUGAACGAAAGGAAUAAAGCAAAGAAAAACUUUGAUGACAGAGAGAGGAGCUUCCUAAACUAAUAAUAUUAGUUGGGUCAGAUCAUAUGGUCUGAUUAACAUCUUUUGUUGCCUUUUUUGGCACAAUACAUGUACCUUCACCUGUAUAUUCCAGUAGGUAUGUGGCUUCUAAAUGAAUAUUCAUGAAAGAGCUUGCACAAGGACUCAUCCUCGUUUUGUUUCAGUGUCAAGCCUUGUCCUUUAUCUGCACAUGCGCAACCUGUAACUUGCUCUAAUUUGUGAUAGAGCUGAAUUGAUGAAAGUCUAAUAUGGUGGGCAAAGAGGUCAGUUGAAACAUUGGUGUAAUGAUGAUUAAUGAGCCUGAAUGAAGUUAGUUUAUUUCGGUUUUCCCUGCCAUUGACUUAGUGUAUGUAUUUAAAGAAAGUGCUAAAUGGUUAUAUAGUGGACAUUUUGUAACCUGGAUGUAUGCAAGUUAAAUGAAUAUUAAAGGUAAUACAAAGUUUUGGGAAUAUUUCACUAGGGUCGGAGAAUAACGUUUAAAUUUUCAUUAUCAUUGUAAAACCUUGUGUACGAAAAACCG